AUGUCGGUAACUAAAAAGAAACUGAACCUAACUGUUAUUGAAAUAGAUUUUACAACAGAAAUCUAUACUACUUCUGACUAUUCAGAUACUACGAGCGACUAUGAAGAAUUCACUGAAGGUUAUGACGAAUUCUUCAAAGAUAUGAGAAGAAAGAAGGAAAUUAAAAUGGAAGAUAUAAUUCUGCUUGAGGAUAAUACUGAACCAGUGGCUGCGCCUCGCCGUUUUUACUACGACUAUUGGAUCGAUCUACUAGACGAUAUUACUUCAAGUACAUCAACAAGUCCUAACACUAUAAAGAUCGUGAACGAUUUAGUAGAUGACACUAAACUGACUACGAGCAAAUCGAUAGACGUAGAAAUAAUGACGUACGAAGAGGAGAAAGGAUACGUACCACUGAGCAUAAGCCAAGCUUUGACUGAUGUUACCACAUUAAUAAAAGACGAAUUAGCAGGAAUGUUUAAUAUUGAACAAGAAACAGAUGUACAUAAAGAUAUUGAUAACAAAACUGUUAUUCAUGUAAGAACGUUCGGUUUCAAUAUUAUUGGAGAUAAAGAUAAUGACACCAGUGGAGAUAAUAUUACAAAUAUAGUACAAGUCCCUGCAGUAAUAGUGAAUAACUUUACAGAAUUUAAUGAUGAACUAAACGCUUUAAAAGUUGAGAUUGAGAAGAAUCUACAAGCAGAGCUGGAAGCGUUUAUAUCCAAAAUAACAGAGAACGAUACUCUUGAUUGGGAAGAAGUAACAGAAUAUACUUCAUUUGAUAACCAUGAUGGUACUAAUGAAUUUAAAAGAAAACACGACAUAAUAGAAUCCAGUACAGAAGUGGUAAAAGAGGAAUUCAAUACCCCGGUAACAAGUUCAGUAACAACAACGGAAAAUAUUAUUAGCACCGAAAUUGUAAACAUUAAAAUAAAACCUGAAUCGCCGUUGGAAAAUGAAACAAAAGAUGUACCAAAUGAUAAUUUUACAGAAAUUAUAACGACUACACCUAAAAAUAUUGAAACUACACACAUAUCUGCUAAAUUAGUAGCAACAGAUGUUGCUCCUACUGUAUUUUCCAGUUUCAUACAAGGUAGUGAUGAGAAAAUAAUAGAAAAUAAAACUGAUACUUCAAUAGUAGCAUCUAUAGAGGAUGAAGAAAAUAUUGAAGUAGUAGCUACUACAAUAACUACUACUGAUCCUACCUCUACUACUAGUAAUCCUACGUCAACACACGCUACUAAGGUUGACAAAGAAGUAGAAAUGGCAGUUUCUUCUACUACUACAACAACUAUUCUACCAGUGAAAGUUGUUGAUGUUACAACAACAGUGGCGCCUAUCGUCACAACUAUGGAACCUAAGGAUACCACUGUAACUACUACAAAACCUUUAGAUACAGUUACAAAAGUUAAUAUAACUACAGACAUUCCACAAACAAAAUCACGUAUAGAUUACAAACUAAUAGAAAACAUACAUGAAAACGAAAUCUCUAAUGACGAUAUUUCGUAUUACGAUAUCCAAGACGACAAUUCGACUGAUUACCCAAUAAUCGAUUAUAUAGAACUGUACAAAGACACGAUGAACGAAGAAAUCGAUUACAAAUCGAUAAAAAUACCUGUAGACGAUACUAUAGGUACAAAAAAUGACCUAGUUAAUACUAUAGUGAAAGACGGAGCAAACGGACGGACGAACAAUGGAUCUUACUCCAACGACACGUCCGCGCCGGAGUCGAUCUUCCCCUGGAUCGUGACUAUCUUCAUAAAGAAUGAUACCAACGACCAAUUUGACUAUCGCUGUGAUGGAGUACUUCUGUCUACUGCUGUUGUUCUUACUGCUGGGCGUUGUGUUCUGCAAACUGACAAAAUGAACCCAGUGGGCCCGGAAAAUGUGCUGGUAUUCCUCGGGAAACGGUCUCUCCAGGUGCUCAGUGAAGAUGAGAGGAUCAGCAAGGUGAAGAAGAUCAAACUCCACGACCAGAUCGAGGUGGAAGGGGGGCGAGCAGACAACGACUUGGCGGCGUUGGUGCUCGAGGAUCCAGUUGAGUACAGUGACGUCAUAAAGCCAGCCUGCAUCAUGCUCGAAGGAGACUUCGACUCCGCUGUUACCACAGCAUGGGGUGACCUGCUGACCGUGGUGCCUUUCGUCGAGCAGAGGGACUACUGCGAAAAGAAUCUAUCUGACAAUGCAUUCUGCGCUACAAUUGGAAGCGAUGUAGCCCUGUGUCCCAGUAUGGGCGGCGCGUACGCAGUGAAGCAGACAGACGUGUGGUGUUUGCGCGGCAUCCGCUCAUCAGACCUGACUCCUCAAUCAUUUUGCUUUGACAAGACUGUCGUGUUUACCGACUUAGCACGAUAUACCGAUUGGAUUGACAACGUUUUGAACUUGAAAUAAAUUAAUGUUAAAAU